ACGUGGAUACGUGGACGCAACAGCAGACAGCAGUCAAAAGACAACUAGCGAAAUAUGGAAAUCUCAACGUGAACGACCCAUCAUGGUACUACCAGCAGUGGUACAUGGGCAGUGGGAGGAAUCUAGACAGUAAAAUCACACAAGCUUGGUGUAUGGGGAAAACUGGACAGAACGUUCUUGUGGCGGUGGUAGACGACGGCGUGUGGUCUAGGCACAGAGAUCUUAAAGACGCAGUGAAUCUAGAUAAGAGUUACGACUACCAAAGAAACUGGGCUGGAUCAUCCGAUCCCGGGAACCUGUGGAGCGACAAUCAUGGUACCAGCGCUGCAGGCAUCAUAGCCGCUGCACCUAACGGAGUAUGCGGGGUGGGCGUGGCACCCGGGGCUAAAAUAGCAGGUAUACGUCUCUAUGGAGACAACCCUACCACUGAUCUCAUGGAGGCAAACGCUCUGACGUCAUCCAUGUAUGACGUCAGCAUUUACAGCUGUAGCUGGGGGUCGGCAAGGACCGGGUUUGACUUAAAACCUCUUGGAGCACGUGCAGCUGAGGCCCUGCAGAGGGGGGCCACACAGGGUCGAGGAGGCAGGGGGUCCAUAUACGUGUUCGCUUCGGGCAAUGGCGGCUCGAACGGGGACAGUUGCGCUUAUGACGGGUUUGCCAACAGCAUCUACACCAUUCCGAUCAGCGGAGUGACAGCGGACGGAGAAAUGAUGUCCAGCGGAGAGCAGUGCGGAGCUAUAAUGGCGACCACGUUCACGCGAGAUUCUAGCAAGGACUGGACACCGAAUAGAAUCAUUACACCAGGAACCACAGGCAGAUCAUCUUGCACCAGCGAUUUUGGGGAGACCUCGGCGGCAGCGCCCCUGGCGGCUGGUAUAAUUGCCUUGGCGCUGGAGGCAAACCCUCGUCUUAGUGCCCGUGACGUGCAACAUCUGAUCGCAGAAACUGCCAACAACAACUUUGGUAGAGGCAAUCUCUGGUCCUGGAACGCGGCAGGGAAAAAAGUGAGCCGUGCUUUCGGUUUCGGUUUGCUGGACGCCGAGAAGAUGGUUCGCUACGCUGAGAAGUGGCGCUCAGUGCCAACCUUAAAGUCCUGCGAGGCAACUCUGCGCAAUAUUAACAGAACCAUUCCUGGCACCGUGACCCUAAAUCUUCCAAGCUGGAAAUGCUCUGUCAAUCACGUGGAGCACGUGCAGCUGUACGUGUUGACGAAAUUCACCAAGCGCGGCUUUGUCAAGGUCAACCUACGUUCCCCGUCCCGCACGGAGUCUGUCAUGAUCCCCGGUAGACCCAACGACCAGUGGUCGGCCUAUCUGGAGCUGACAGUGUCCAGCGUCCAGUUCUGGGGAGAGCGAGGCACCGGCUGGUGGGAGGUGGUCAUCGAUAGCCUGUACCCUAACCAAGGACAUUCUGGUACCGUGUACGACGUGAAGCUGGUAGUUUACGGAACCCAACAGUCCCCGCCGAGACAGACGCCAUCUUCUGUUAACAGCGGGUGCGCCAACCAGCAGCAAGUGACGCUACCACCGGCUACCAAACCUACCGUAAAACCCACUCAGCCCCCUGUCACCCAACUACCUGUGACAUCCCCAUCCUGCUCGUGCAAGACACUGACCAACCCUUCCUGGGGGUCGAAUCUAAAAGUUCAGCUCCAGCAGGGCAGCGAGAUCUACGAAAUCCAAUGCCCGCAGAACAUCGUGAGUUCCGAUAUUAUGAUUGACUGCCAGAUGAAGAAGAAAACGUACACAGUUCAGGGCAGCAGCUGUGGAUGCGACUUUAGCCGGUGGAGUUACAAUGGGGCUUCGUGGUGGGUCACCGUUGGCGGAGAGAAGUUCCUCAUUUCCUGCACGAUAAGCUCACCCUGGACAAUGGUCAGUUACCCCUGUCGGGGAAUCAGGAACAGUUCGCCGUUGAUUGGUUGAUUCUGUAAGUCUAGCUCGAUGUGAUUGGUAAA